AUGGAGGACGAUGACAUGAAGGAGGGCGCCGUGGUCACCAGGCCUGCCGCCACCGACCGAGUAGACUCGUCGACUGACGGCUCGCACGGGUACACUGGCAUCGAGAAGGAGGUCUUCGGCCGUCUCCUGGGGAAGGGAAUCCCCGAGGUCGUUUCAGACCCCGACGGCGGCCUUCGGCGAACAGCUCCACCGGCACUUCGAACGGCUGCCGCUGAGGUGGAGGACGUGCUUCUGCACCGCAGGAUCCUCAACGAGUGCGCCGACCCUGACAAGCGCCCCGUCUUCCAUGUCCGCUUCUUGAACUGCAUCCAUGGCGCGGUGGUAGAUUCACAAGACAACACAUGGGCCUCUCUCACUUCCACUUCGAGGUACAGGCAAUACAGCAUAUAG